UCCGUCCUGUGCCAAGCCCUGUCCUGCUCAUUUCCAUUGUCUCAGAUCCCUGCCGCGUUAGGACCCUAAAAAUUCGGUCUAAUGUUGCCGGGGGAACGUCAUUGCGGGACACUCAACUCCGGGCGCCCCCGCCCUCUUUCCUAGCACCAGCCCACGGGAAUGAAAGCUUCAGCCGGUGGGCGGGGCGCCUCCUGAGUGGCCCAAUGACAGUCGAGAAUCGUAGGACGUUACCAGUAACGCCGUGGAGUAGGCGGGGCCUCCUGCUGGGACUUGAAGGCGCUCGGAAAGGCCAGACAGGCGGGUUGCAAGUUGUAAAUCCAUGUGGCGGGAGCUGUGGACCUUGGCGGCCCGGGCGGCACGUGGGUCUUGCAGACUGUGCACGCGCCAGAGCAGCGGGGCCCCGGCCUUCGGUUCUGGAGCCACCAUCUUCGCACUAAGCUCAGGCCAAGGCCGCUGCGGCAUAGCAGUGAUUCGAACCAGCGGCCCCGCCAGCAGCCACGCCCUCCAAAGCCUCACCGCGCCCCGGGACCUGCCCCCGGCCCGCAGCGCCAGCCUACGUCUGCUCAGCGACCCCCACACCGGGGAACCGCUGGAUCGUGCACUUGUGCUCUGGUUCCCUGGUCCCCAAAGUUUCACGGGUGAGGACUGUGUGGAGUUCCACGUGCAUGGAGGCCCGGCCGUGGUGAGUGGCGUCUUACAGGCUCUGGGCAGUGUGCCAGGGUUACGGCCAGCUGAGGCUGGAGAGUUCACCAGGCGGGCCUUCGCCCAUGGGAAGCUGAGCCUGACGGAGGUGGAGGGGCUGGCGGAUCUGAUCCACGCGGAAACUGAAGCUCAGCGGCGCCAGGCCUUGAGGCAGCUGGAUGGCGAGCUGGGCCAACUCUGCCACAGCUGGGCUGAGACCCUCACCAAAGCUCUGGCCCACGUGGAGGCCUAUAUCGACUUUGGGGAGGAUGACAACCUGGAGGAAGGUGUCCUGGAGCAAGCGGACAGCCAAGUGCAGGGGCUGGUGGUGUCACUGGACGCACAUCUACGAGAUGCCAGGCGCGGGCAGCGACUCCGCUCAGGGGCACACGUCGUGGUCACUGGACCCCCCAAUGCCGGCAAAAGUAGCUUGGUGAACCUACUCAGCCAGAAGCCUGUGUCCAUCGUGUCCCCAGAGCCAGGGACUACCCGUGAUGUGCUGGAGAUCCCUGUGGACCUGGCUGGGUUUCCCGCGUUGCUGAGUGACACUGCAGGGCUGCGGGAGGGCGUGGGGCCCGUGGAGCAGGAGGGCGUGCGCCGAGCCCGUGAGAGGUUGGAGCAAGCUGACCUCAUUUUGGCGGUGCUGGAUGCCUCUGACCUGGCCUCUCCCUCCAGCUGCAGUUUCCUAGACACAGUUGUAGCCCUGCUAGGAGCCCAGAGCCAGCGCCUCCUGCUGGUGCUGAACAAGUCUGACCUGCUGCCCUCUGCGGGCCUAGGCCCGGGUCCCAACCUGCCCCCGCACCUGCUGCUGUCGUGCUUGACCAGAGAGGGCCUGGAUGGCCUCCUGGAGGCCCUGAAGAAGGAACUGGCUGUAGUGUGUGGGGACCCAUCCACAGGUCCGCCACUUCUGACUCGCGCCAGGCACCGGCAUCACCUCCAGGGCUGCCUGGACGCCCUUGGCCACUACAAGCAGACGAGAGACCUGGCCCUGGCGGCUGAGGCUCUGCGCAUCGCCCGGAGGCACUUGACCCACCUCACAGGUGGAGGGGGCACAGAGGAGGUCCUGGACAUCAUCUUCCGGGACUUCUGCGUGGGCAAGUGAAGGGAGGCCGGAAGCCUUGGGGCAUCUGGAACAAUUCUUCUUCUCCACCCAAAGCAGUGCAGCCCAUCAGCGAGUUCAGGGUGGGGCGCUCCCAGCAGGUGCUGGGGGUCCAGGCCUGGGGGAGGGGCUGCGGGGAGGUGGAGUUGGUGCCAGAUGCAGGGGUGUGCAUGGAGGGUUGGAUGGGGUGGGAAGAUCUCAGGGGUCUUUGUUUCAUAGUUUUUCUUUUAAUUUUUUGCUGGCUGGGGAUGGAACUCACCUGCUACCACUGAGCCCCAGCCCCACGGUGUUAACUUAUUUUGCAAGUAACCAAGGGAAUGUGAGAAAUUCAAGUGAUCCAGAAAUGUUUCAACGUGGUAAUCUCCCCACUUGCCCUCUCCCGAGGUCACAGCUUAAUAGUGGAUUUCCAGAACCUUCCUUGCAUGUUUGCACACUUGUUGCCGUUGCACCCAUGAAUCAAAUAUGGGUUUGUUUGCUUGGUGCUGGGGAUGCAACCCCUGGCACGCCAAGGCGCGCUCCAUCAAUCAGGGAACCGCACCCUCAGCCCUGAGUGCGUGUGUUUUGCAUAUAAAUUGUUGUGUUUAUUGCUCUGCA